CUCCAUUCAUAUAUCCUGACAAGAUAACACUCUCUGCAAAGCAGCAAAAUUGUGUUAACUCUCUCUCCCUUCUUCCUCCCCUGUCAUCAUUCUAUUUAGGCCACUGUGAUGUUGAGGAAGCGCUUCAUUCCGUGGGCUCUGGUGAUGGUGCCAAUGCUGAGCAUCUCGUGCCACUCGAAAUGCGCGUUCGAGGCAAUAUUCAACUUCGGGGACUCGAACACCGACACUGGCGGGUUUUACGCAGCCUUCCCUGGCCAGAACGGACCGUUCGGGAUGACCCACUUCAAGCGGCCUUCUGGCCGGGCUUCUGAUGGCAGGCUCAUCGUCGAUUUCUUGGCACAGGCUCUAGGGCUGCCAUUCCUGAGCCCAUACCUCCAAUCAAUCGGAUCCGAUUAUCAUCAUGGGGCCAACUUUGCGACUUUGGCAUCGACCGUUCUCAUCCCAAACACGUCCUUGUUCGUGUCAGGACUCAGCCCGUUUGCCUUGCCCAUUCAGGUAAACCAAAUGAAGGAAUUCAAGUCUCGGGUCGAAGAAUUUAACUCCUCAGGAUCGAGCAUUCUGCCUUCACAGGACAUAAUUGGGAAGUCCAUGUACACGUUCUAUAUCGGGCAGAAUGAUUUCACGUCGAACUUAGCUGCCGGUAUCGGAGGAGUGCAGCAGUAUCUUCCGCAAGUGGUUGGCCAAAUUGCCGGGGCCAUCAAGGAGAUAUACGGUCUCGGUGGGCGGACGUUUCUGGUGCUGAAUUUGGCACCAGUGGGCUGUUACCCAGCCUUCCUUGUCGAGCUCCCUCACAACAGCUCGGACAUAGACGAAUACGGGUGCAUGGUGUCGUACAAUAAUGCUGUCGUGGAUUACAACAAGAUGCUGAGGGAGACGCUUGCUCAGACCCGAACAUCUGUCCCUGAUGCAAGCCUCAUUUAUGUGGACAUCCACUCUGUUUUGCUUGAGCUUUUCCAGCAUCCCACUUCUCACGGUCUUCAAUAUGGCACGAAAGCAUGCUGCGGAUAUGGAGGCGGUCUGUACAAUUUCGACCCGAAAGUAUACUGUGGGAAUACAAAGGAGAUCAACGGGAGCACUGUAACUGCAUCUGCUUGUAGCGACCCUCAGAACUACGUGAGCUGGGACGGGAUACAUGCCACUGAAGCCGCUAACAAGCUCAGCGUGCAGGCUAUUCUCAAUGGGGAUUACUUCGACCCCUCUUUCCCUCUUCAGGAGCUCUGUGAUCUCCAACCCAUCGGGUGAUACAACAAAAAGUAUACAACCAUCUCGACGAUUUGCCUUACUCUAACUAAAUAACCUGAGUUCGAUCAUUAGACAAAACACAAAACCGAUAACCGAUUCUUAAAAUGAAAGAAACUAAAUGGAGACCAAAACCCAUGUAUUCGUAUGAACUCCCCUAAAUUAUUAAACUUACGGUGUCAAAGAAGCUAAAAGAAAUACAAACUUGUAAUAUUUUUAAGGGCA